AAUUGCCGCGAUCUGAUCUAGGGGUGCCAACCUCCCCCCUGAAAACGAUGACGCUUUCGGAUCUGAUCUAGAAGGCGCUUUCCGUCGUUGCAUCCCCGGAACCCUAAACCCCAACCCGACCGCCCGAGCCACCCGUGCGCGAAGCAAGAGCAGAGACAUGGGGCGGCGGUACGCAGCGAAGGGAAAGAAGAAGAGGAAGCUCGAAGAUGGCGCGGCCUCCCGUGCCGACGACGCGCAGGAGUUGCCGCCACCGGAGGAGGACGAAGGGAAGGGAGAGGAGGAUGUGACGGAGGGGGACGAGACCGUGGAGGUAGCGGAGGGGAUUCCCGUCCUGCCACAGCAAGUAGAUGGGAGGAAGCGGGCCAAGGCGAUCUUCGUGCUCGAGAGGGCCUGCCUGGAGGUCGGCAAAGUCGGCAAGACUAUGCAAAUCUUGAACUCGGACGAUCAUGCGAAUUAUUUGAGGAAGCAUAAUCGGAAUCCUGCUGAUUAUAGGCCUGAUAUCAUUUACCAGGCUCUAUUGGCAAUAUUUGAUAGCCCUCUAACUAAGGCUGGGAGGUUACAAGCUGUUUAUGUUAGGACAGAAAAGGGGGUGUUGUUUGAGGUCAAGCCAAAUGUUCGCUUGCCACGCACAUGCAAACGUUUUUGUGGCUUGAUGUCAGAGUUAUUGCAAAAGUUGAGCAUUACUGCAGUUGGGAGGCGUGAGAAGCUCCUUAAUGUUAUUAAAAAUCCUGUUACCCAGUAUCUACCUGUUGGCUCAAGGAAGAUUGGCCUUUCAUAUAGUGCGGAUAAGUCAGUUAAUCUGAAUGACUAUGUUGCCGAAGCCAGUGAUGAUGAAGCCCUUGUGUUUGUGGUUGGUGCCAUGGCUCAUGGAAAGAUCGACGGUGCAUAUACAGAUGAUUACAUACAGAUUUCCAGCUACCCGCUCAGUGCUGCCUGGUGUUUAGGUAAAAUAUGCACCGCUCUGGAGCAGAAGUGGGACAUCCAGUGAGGAAAUUUUAGAAACAAGCAGUACAAAUUUAUGAGCAGAAGUGGAACAUCCAGUGAGGAAAUGUGCACCACUCUGGUUAGUUGAUAGUGUAGGUGAGCAGCGAUAAAAGUAUUAACAUGGAUUCUUGCCUGCUGCUGAUUCUUUUUGUGGAGGGACUUGAAGCUCUGGCUGUAAAAGUAUUAACAUGAAAUCAAGGUGAGUAAUUAAACAAGGCUUGUGAGUUUUUUUC